AUGCGGAGAAUGUCGCAGACGCAAGUAGGUAGCAAAUUUUUGCCAACUAACCACAGAAAACGCUGCGACGAGACUAAGCCAGUCUGCAAACUGUGCAAGAAACUGGGAAUUGAGUGUGUGUGGCGUCAACCUGGUACAGAACGCAAGAAUACCAAACGGCGCAAGUCCCAGGCCAUCAAGGUUCGGGUAAGUUCUAUCGAAAAAACAUCUGGAUUUUCGCCCACGCAUACCCUAAUUGACACACUUAGAACGAAUGUUAAACUUCCAGCCAAGUAUGAACCACAAGUGAAUGUCUUCUCGCUGCCAUUCAUUUGUCAUCUUAGUGAUACUGAGAGCCGAUAUCUAGAUUAUUACAUCAACUAUGUCUCGGCGACCCUUUCCCUUCUGCCUCAGGAAACAAAUUAUCUUCUAAGCCUCUACAUCCCUCUGGCAGUUCAUAACAAAGCCAUUCUGAAUGGACUUAUAGGUUGGUCUGGCCUUUUCUUGGCAGGCACCAAAUCGGAGGAAACUCCGAUGAAAUAUAUCCAGAACGCUGUGGAUCUAUGCGACAAGACCCUCAAGUCAGAUAAGUUAACAAUUUCCGACAAGCUGGAACUUGUGUGUCUUUUUUUCAUUCUUUGCGCUGCAGAAAUUUGUGUCGGUGAUGUCAAAAACUGGUAUGAUAUAUUUGGCAGGCUGCAUAAAUUUAUCUUGAACGAGUGCAACGGCAAUCUAAAGACCCUGCUAGGAUUACUGGGUGACACAGAGGGGGCUAAAUGGUUGCUGUCCAAUUUUCUGUACCAUGAUGUGCUCAGCAGCUCCAGCCACGAAAAAGGCACUCUAUUCCCUAUUGAUCAAUACUGCGAGGCACUAAAUAUAAUUCCUGGCACUACGCAGUUGAUGGACUCGAGUAGUGUUUGUGACCCUUUGCAAGGCUGCGUUCGGCCAAUGUUUGUCUUGCUUGGCCAGAUAAUCAAUACUAGGAACAAGUUAGACAAAAUGCAAGAGGAUCUCAAUAUCAUCAAAGACCGUGGUUCCUAUAGACAGAAAAGAUUUGAGUUUCUGACGACGCUGGAGCAAGAUUUCGAAGAGCUGGAAACUCGAAUCAAAAAUACCAAUCCGCACACUCCCUCGUUGUUGCUUUUGAAGGAUGACAAAGAACUUGAAGACCAUCUCACGUUGUUCGAGAUCUACAAAUUAAGUCUCAGGAUCUACCUUCGCUACAUGAUGCGGAAGACUCCUCCAGCAUUGCCAGAGAUCCAGCUAAUGCUCCAAGAGCUCACGCUGUGUAUGGAUGUGAUAAUGGAUACCAAUGUCCAGUCUGGCCUGUGUUUUGCGCUCAUGGUUGCUGGGAUUUCGUGCGUCGAUCCAGUGGAUCGUGAACAAAUGGAAGCCAGAUUGCGGUCAUUUUCUUCUAAAUUCCCCGUUAAGAAUUUUGAGCUUGUUUUGAUUCUUAUCCGCAAGGCAUGGGAACUCAACAAGGACGGAUCACAGUGUGUCAAUUGGUUCGAUAUUUCUGAAAGUAUGGGGUGGUACUUAUCAUUAGCCUAA